CGCGUUCUCCCACCGGAUGUUUCUCUCCGCGCGGUUUUUGCGGCCGGACCUGGUGCCCCGCAGUAAGAUGGCGGCCGAGGGGGACUUCCUGCUUCGAUAUCGAGCGGUUUCUAACAAAUUGAAAAGGCGGUUUCUCCGAAAACCAAAUGUGGCGGAAGCAAGCGAGCAGUUUGGGCUGUUGGCCAAGGAGCUGAAACAGGAGGAGUGCCUGCAGUACGCUGGCUUCUGUAACCUGGCUGUCGCACGGUGCGAGCAGACACUGUUCAAUGCUGCUGGGGAGGCCCUAGCUCUGACUGACGCUGCCCGGCUCUUCCUGCAGGCCGAGAAGGAGACUCAGAGACUCCAGUGCCCAGGUUUCGAGGAGCACCUGCAGGCCGCCACCAACUGCUACAGCUUUGCGAUAAAGGUCUACAUUGAGUUGAACCAGCCAGUCAUGGCAGCGAGUCUGUGCUUGGAGCUUGGAAACGCACUGAAGGAAAUGAAUAAACCAGGCGAAGCCUCUGUGCAUUUUCAGAGGGCGGCUGAGUUGCAAUCCCAGGUUCCCAUUGAAUGUCUCCUGUCGCUCGGAAAAGUGGCGACCUGCAAAAUAAUUACCCGGGAUUACGAUGGAGCUCUGGCUGUCUUCACAGAAAUGCAGCUCCUGGCUCAGGAGAGAGGAUUACAGGUGCCAGGUACCUGUACCCCUGUAGGUGCGUUCAUGGACAUUAUCGCUCGGUGUGAAGUCUCCCGAGUCCUACUGCUGAUGCUGCUACAGCCCCCACCGCAGAAACUACUGCCAGAGCACGCUCAGACCCUGGAGAAAUACGACUGGGAAUCCUUUGACAGCCAUAGCCAAGGUACAGACCCUGCCCUCCCCUCCUAAUGCCUCAACCCACCCAAUUGCCCUUCCCCUCCUGCUGCCUGACCCUCCUCCCUCCUCCUGCUCUCUCCUCCUCACCGCCCUCAUUCCGUUCCCCAACCCCUCCUUCUGCCCUCUCCCUUCUCGCCCUGCCAUCCCCUUUCACACUCUGCUGUCUCCCUCUCUGAUGUGAGAGAGGCUGGGCUUUCUGGGUGGGCCAUGGUAGUGAGUGACCGCGUGUGAGUGUGUGGACCAGGGAGUGACCGUGUGUGAGCGUGUGGGCCAGUGAGUGACUGCGUGUGAGAAUGGCCGUGUGAGUGACCACAUGUGAGAAAGUGGGCCAGUGAGUGACCGUGUGUGAGAGUGGCCAUGUGAGUGACCGCGUGGGAGAGUGGCCGUGUGAGAGACCACAUGUGAGAAAGUGGGCCAGUGAGUGACCACGUGGGAGAGUGGCCGUGUGAGAGACCGCGUGGGAGAGUGGCCGCGUGAAUGACUGUGUGGGAGAGUGACCGCGUGAGUGGCCGUGUGGGAGAGUGACCGCGUGAGAGACCGCGUGUGAGAGUGACCACGUGGGAGAGUGACCG